AUGCCUCUUUACGAGCUUCUUUGCAUCGCCGCCUCGUCGGCCGAGUCGGCACCGCUUCGCGAUCUGGUCAAGUCGACGUCCAAGCUAAUCCUCGAGAACGGUGGCGCAGUGCGUGGCGUGCAGUACUGGGGUCAGCGACGUUUGCCCCAACGAGCACGCCGUCAUCAGCAAUAUCACAGCACCGGAGACUACUGGUUGAUGCACUUUGACACCAACGCACCCGUACUCAAGUCGCUCAACGAUCGAUUGCGAGCGGAUCCUCGCGUGAUCAAGUGGACCGCACUCAAGCUCGGCGACAGGCUCGACCAGAUCACACCCAAGGCAACAUCGGGCGGCCUCGAUUCGAGCGCCGACGCUCCCGAAGCACGCGCGCUCUUUGGCGGAAAGACCAUGCGAUACGGCUGGAAGUAG